CACUCAGCAGAGCAGAGCUGACCGGCUUUGACUGCAGGCUGGAUGGCUGCAUCUCUCAGCCCCCAGCCCCAAGAGCCUGUCAAGAAAUCAGAGCAGAGAAAAAGACAGAGAGGCCACAGCGAGGAAAAAGACACAGAAGGAGGAAGAAUCUAAGCCUGGGUCUUCCCAAGCUAGACUCAUUCAGGUGGAAGUGGUCGAGUGUUACCCAGGGCGUUGUAGCAAGGCUCUCUAAGGACCCAAAAGAGAUUUAAAGAUGGCAAGACCCAACAAUUUCAACUACUUUACCAGAAAAUCUCUUGCUCUUGCCGAAGAAUGCGCUACUACCAGGAAAAGUGAGGAAGAAGAAGAAGGACUAGAGCCAAAUAGUGACUUGGAAGUCGGUAAACAGCUGCCCUUUUUCUAUGGCAAUGUUCCUCCAGAGAUGGUGUCAGAGCCUCUGGAAGACCUGGAUCCAUACUACCUGGAAAAAAAUACUUUCAUAGUGUUGAAUAAAAGAAAAACAGUCUUCCGAUUCAAUGCCUCCCCUGCAUUGUACAUGUUAACUCCUUUCCAUAUUAUUAGAAGACUAUCCAUUAAGAUUCUGGUAAAUUGCUUAUUCAACAUGAUCCUUAUGGGCACUUUCCUGUUCAACUGUACAUUUCUGACAAACCUUAACCCUCCAGAUUGGAUAAAUUAUUUUGAGUUCUCUUUCAUUGGACUAUAUACUUUUGAAGUCCUCAUAAAAAUCCUUGCAAGAGGUUUCUGUAUAGGGCCAUUCACAUUCCUUCGUGAUCCCUGGAACUGGUUUGAUGUUCAUAUUCUUGCCUAUGCGUAUCUGAGCAUAUUUGUAAAUCUAGGCAGUGUUUCAGCUCUUGGAAUUUUCUCAUUUUUGAGAGUUUUGAAAGCUAUUUCUCUAACCACAGGUAUGAGUAUUAUCAUCAGGACCCUGACUGGGUCAGCAAAGAUGUUUUGUCAUGCAGUGAUCCUAACUGUGUUUUGUUUGAGUGUCUUUGCUGUCAUGGGGAUGCAGCUAUUCAUGGGCAGCCUGAAGCAUAAAUGUUUACCAUGGCCUCAGGAAGAGAGAAAUAUGACUGAUACUCUGUCAGACGAUGAAAGAUAUGACAUUUUUCAUUUGGAAGGAGAAAUGAAUGCUGUCCUUUGUGGCAAUAGUACCUUUGCUGGUCAAUGUCCAGAAGGAUAUGUAUGUGUGAAAACUGGUGGAAAUCCUGAUUAUGGCUACACAAAUUUUGAUAAUUUUGGCUGGGCUUUCUUGUCCCUAUUCAGAUUAAUGACCUUGGAUUUUUGGGAAAGCCUUUACCAACAGACCCUACGAGCUGCUGGGAAGGCCUACGUGAUAUUUUUUGUGAUUGUAAUUUUCUUUUGCUCCUUUUAUCUGGUAACCUUGAAACUGGCUGUAGUUGCCAUGGGUUAUGAAGAACAGAAUCGGGCAACCAUUAGAGAGGCAAAGCGAAGACAGGUGAACUAUCAAGCCAUGUUAUACCGAUGCAGAAGAGAGCAAGAAGCUGCUGAGGCAACGACAGCUAUUGGAUCAGAUGAAAAGAAAAAGAUUGGUAAAGAUGAAAGUUCCUCUGAAACAUCCAAUGAGAUCUCAGAUCUUACUAAUGAAGGAAGGAAGAAAGAUAAUCCAGAGAAGCAGACUGACAGAGAGGAAAAGGAAAUUGAUGCAAAAUUGCAUCAAUUUGAAUCAGAAGACUGCAUCAGAAGAAAAGUUUCCCCUCCUGUUAUAAACACUCAGAGAAUAAUGUAUAAAAAGGGGUCAUUUACACAGCAGGGAAGCACUAUGCAAGUUGAUGAGAAGGAAAGACAAAUAAAUGCUUUCCAGGUUUCUAUGGAUAUGCUGGAAGAUCCCACUGUUAGAGAAAAAACAAUGAGCAGAACCAACAUAUUAAACAGCAUGAAAGAACUUGACAAGUGCAGGCUAAGAAGUUGGUGGAAGAGAUUUGCUAAAAGGUUUCUGAUCUGGAAUUGCUGUCCAUUUUGGCUAAAAUGCAAAGACUGUGUCCAUUCCAUUGUCAUGGAUCCAUUUUUUGACUUGGUUAUUGUUAUUUGUGUCAUUAUGAACCUAUUGUUUAUGGCCCUGGAUCACUACCCAAUGACUGAGAAAUUCUUCUAUGUUCUCUUUGUGGGACACCAGGUAUUUGCUGGAAUUUAUGUAUUGGAAAUGAUUUUGAAAAUUAUUGCAUUGCACCCAUAUAAUUAUUUUCAAGAGAAAUGGCACGUAUUUGAUAGUUUUAUCGUGACCCUUGCUUUAGGGGAACUUGCGAUGUAUUUCAUUUGGAUACCAGAUACAGUAUAUAUUACACUUUUACAAUUUCUCAUCUUACUUAGAGGGCUGCGUGUUUUCAAGUUGACAAAAUACUGGCCAAUGAUGAAAAUGAUGAUCAAGAUCCUUGGUUGCUCUGUGAAGGCUCUUAGAAGCUUGACGUUGGUGUUGGUCAUCACCAUUCUUAUUUUUGCGGUGGUUGGCCUGCAGUUCUUUGGUCACAACUACAAAAUAUAUGCCUGCAAGAUUAUGACUGACUGUUCACUUCCACGUUGGAAUAUGCAUCAUAUAACCUACUCCUUUCUUAUUGUGUUCCGGGCACUGUGUGGAGAAUGGAUAGAGACCAUGUGGGACUGUAUGGAGGUGGCAGGCCAAACCAUGUGCCUUGUCUUUUACGUGGGGAUUAUUAUCAUUGGAAACCUGCUAGUACUUAUCCUGUUUGUGGCUUUGUUGAGCUCAUUUAUUUCAGAGAACUCUGCAAUGAGUGAUGUGAAAGCUGAUUCACAAAAUCUCCAUCUUGCAAUGAAAAGAAUUAAAAAGGGGAUCCAUUAUGUGAAACGAACUUUAUUUGACCUCAUUGCAGAAGCUUUUACUAAGAAGCAAACUAUUUCAAAAGAGAACAAAGGAGUGGAAAAUCUAAGUGUGGAGAAAAAGAAUGAUACAUCCAGCCAGUCAGUUAAUAAAAUAAGCAAUGAUCAAGAUUUCCAGAAUGAAAAAGAGAGAAAUAUUGCUUCUGGCAGCAGCAUGGAAAAAUUUAUGAGGGACAAGAGUUCUUCUCAUUCAUCUAUUCACAAUCCUAGUCCCCCAAUGCCAGCACCAAUUGCUCUUGCAGAAUUUGAUUCUGAAAAUGCAAACACCAAAGAGUUUAGCAGUGAAUUUGAUGUUGAUGGCAGUAAUGAGAAGCUCAGCCAAGCUAUUUCCCCUGAAGACAGCAUGGCUCCUAUUCUUGAUCUUGAAGGAGAGCAAGUCAUGGCUGGAUCUGAAAAAUCAGAUGAACCAGGAGCUUGUUUUUCAAAUGGUUGUGUGAGAAUAUUCCCUUUCUGUGGAGCUAGCAUGAAGUCUAACAGAGGAAAGAUCUGGUGGAACCUGAGGAAAACUUGCUACCAGAUAGUAAAGCACCGUUGGUUCGAAAUGUUCAUGCUUCUUACUAUCUUGCUCAGCUGUGGUGCUCUGGCUUUUGAAGAUAUAAACCUUCCAGAGAGAAAGGCUAUCAUUAUUAUACUUGAAUAUGCUGACAAGAUUUUCACUUACCUCUUCAUUAUGGAGAUGCUUCUCAAAUGGAUGGCAUAUGGUUGUAAAGUAUAUUUCAGUAAUGCCUGGUGCUGGCUGGAAUUCUUGGUUGUUAAUGUCUGUCUUUUUACCUCACUAACCAAUUAUCUAGGAUAUCCAAAUUUUGUUGCUCUGAAACCCCUUCGAACACUAAGAAUUUUAUCUGGAUUUGAAAGAGUAAGGGUGGUCGUGACUACGUUAGUAAGAGCAAUUCCAUCCAUCUUAAAAGUGCUUCUGGUCUGCCUAACAUUUUGGCUAAUUUUUAGUAUUAUUGGAGUAAAUCUGUUUGCUGGCAAGUUCUCAGAAUUUGUUAAUACCACAAGUAUUUUAAGCUUUCUUGAAACUUCUGUCCAAAAUAAGUCUGAAUGUGAGAUGCUUAUGAACACCAGCAAAGAUGUGAUCCUUGGGAAUAUUAAUGGAGAUGUGCAGUGGGAAAAUGCAAAAGUAAACUUUGAUAAUGUUGGAAAUGGUUAUCUUUCUCUCUUUCAAAUAGCCACAUUUAAAGGAUGGUUGAAUAUCAUGUAUUCAGCUGUUGAUUCAAGUGAUGUAGAUAGCCAGCCUAAGUAUGAGAACAAACCCUACAUGUAUCUUUACUUUGUCAGCUUUAUCAUCUUUGGAGUGUUCUUUCCAUUUGUCCUCUUCAUUGGUGUCAUCAUUGAUUAUUUCAAGCAACAAAAAAAGAUUAGAGGUGAAUCUAUCUUUAUGACAGAGGGGCAGAAGAAAUCCUACAACUCAAUGAAAAAGUUAAGGUACAAGAAACCAAUACCUCGCCCAGGGAACAAAUUCCAAGGAUAUGUAUUUGACCUUGUAACAAAAGAUGCUUUUGAGAUUACCAUCCUAGUACUUAUCUGUCUCAACAUGAUGAUCAUAAUGGUGGAAACAGAUACAGAGAGUGCCUAUAAGAGUGGAAUUUUGUACCAGAUCAACCUAGUGUUCAUUGGCCUGUUUGCUGGAGAAUGUGUGCUGAAGCUCAUCGGCCUCCGCCAUCACUACUUUACUGUAGGCUGGAACAUCUUUGAUUUUGUGGUGGUCCAUAUCUCCAUUGCAGUUAUACUACUAACUGAAUUGACACACACAUAUUUCCUGACCUAUGGCCAGAUGCAAGUGAUUCGUCUCAUCAGGUGUGGAAGAGUCUUGAAUUUCAUUAAAAGAACCAAGGGCAUAGGCACAUUGCUCUCUGCAAUGAUGCUGUCUCUUCCUGCUUUGUUGAACAUUGUGCUUCUGCUCUUUUUGGUCAUGAUUAUCUAUGCUAUUAUCGGAAUGUCCCAAUUUGCCUAUGUUAAGAAAGUUGCUGGAAUUAAUGAUAUGUUCAACUUUGAAACCUUUGGCAACAGCAUGCUUUGCCUCUUCCAAAUUACCACAUUUGCUGGCUGGGAUGGUCUGAUAGCACCAAUGCUUAACAAAGGACCACCAGACUGCAACCCUGAAAAACUUCACCCAGGAAUUCCUUUGAAAGGAGAUUGUGGAAGUCCCUCUUUGGGGAUUUUCUAUUUUGUGAGUUAUCUCAUCAUAUCCUUUCUGUUGCUUGUAAACAUGUUCAUUGUUGUUAUCUUUGAGAUUUUCAAUGCUGUGACUGAAGAAAAUGCUAAAUCCCUGAGAGAAGAAGCCUUUGACAAUUUCUAUGAGGUUUGGCAAAAAUUUGAUCCUGACACAACUCAUUUUAUAGAUUAUAGUCAGCUCUCUGAUUUUGCUGCUUCGUUGAACCCUCCUCUUCUUAUAGCAAAGCCAAAUAAAGUACAGCUCAUGGCCAUGGAUCUGCCUGUGGCAAGAGGCAAUCGAGUUUUCUGUCCUGAUGUUCUGUUUGCUCUUGCAAAACGUGUUAUAGGUGAAAGUGAAGAGUUUGACCGGCUCCAUUUGCCAAUGCGUGAGCAGUUUCUGUCAUCAUGUCUUUUUGAAAUUUCCUAUGAACCAGUUACGAUAAAACAAAAACAAGAGCAAGAAUCGGCUCCUGUUAUUCAGCACAUUUUAGAGGAAUAUGUAUGAGGUAUACAUUAAAAAAAAGAUGGAGACAGAGAGGAUCCAAUUAUUAAAGAUUACACAAACUUUGAUCAGGUUAAUGAGAACUCUGCUGUAGAGAAAGAAGAUGAUAAAAGCCAUUCUCCCACUUCAAUAGCUUCGUUGGGUAGCGUAAUAGAACAAGAGAGAGAGAAACAUGAAACUGACCAGACAGGAAAGGAAGUGGCAAAGGUGACAGGGAAAAGGAAAAGUAAGUAGAAAUUCCAUUUUGUCAGCAAUUGGUUAAAACUUUCAGAAUGACCAAUUUUGAAAACAGGAUUAUUUUAGUAAGUCUAUGCCAAAACAACUGUUUUUUGUUGUUUGUUUGUUUUUACCAACAUAAGCUUAAGGUUGAUGCUUCUAACAGUAGUGACAAUUUACUAACUAUGAUUCCAUAUCAAAACAACUUUGAUAUGGGAGCAUUAUUUACACUGCUUCUCCUGCAAAAGAAGAAUGACCAAAAAGCAGCUCAGAAAGACAGGAACCAUGGAUUAAGGGAGGCAGGGUCUAAAUUUCUUGCGUUUAAUAAAACACAUGAGUCGAAUGUUUCACUUUUGCCGUUGUCCUCCUUUCAUAGGAUCUAUGCCAUUCACUCCCCACUCCCCAACCACCACGUCUAGAUUAAGAAACACAACAGUAAAAUUAAAUAAUUUAAUAAUUUAAUAAAUAAUAAAAAAGUAAAUAAUUUUACUGAUUCCCUGCAAUGCAAUGAUAAAAGUAGCUGCAACUACUGAGGGUUUAGCUCAUGUACAGGAAAAACGUAUCAGAACCACAUUUCUUUGCAUAUAAAAAGUUUGUCAGUUUUGAGGCAUCUGAAAUGUAUUUCAUGUUGCAUCUGAAUUAAAAGUUUCAUGCCUUACAGUCCCAUGGGAUUUCCCAAAUAUGUAAACUGCUGACUUUUAAUAAUAUUUUAACCAUUCAUUCUCAAAAGUGCAAAGUCACUUCUAAAGGCUUUGUACCCAGCCUUUGUCUUAUCUUGCUAGCUUCCUCUGCCCAAUAGUCAUUAUUUUUUUUUAAUCUGUGUCAUAGACCCCUUUCAUGGUCUGGUCUAUAAACUGCCUCUCAGAAUGUUUUAAAUGCAUAAAAUAAAACACUUAGGAUUAUAAAGGAAACCAAUUAUAUUGAAGUACACAUAUAUGUAUAUAAAUGCAUACAUACACAUAUGUGUAUAUAUGUAUAUUCAAGGAAGCCAAGUAAAGAAUCCAAGCACACUAUCCCCACACCUUGCACAUGAUGUAAGGAACCAUACUAAGGCUACAUUUUUCUUAUUAAAACACAGGCAGUCAAUGGAGUAAAAAACUAAUACUUUCUUGAUUGUUUUGAAUGAAACAUAGCACUGCACCUUAUCACUCUAAAAUACCUAGAAUGGUGAAUAUACAGAUAUUUCUGCUUCCAUCUACAGGUAUUUCUUACUGAUCCUUCAAUUCUCAGAACAGCUGAGAUUAUAGCUUUCUGUGAAAUGCUUGCCUUUUUAGAAAUAGAUAUUAUGAUGCUUGUCUGAGCAAACAGAUAUGACUUAGGCACAAUAUUUAUCACAUUACAUAUGUACCAGCAUAAUGCAAUGCCAGAUAUAUAAUAUACAUGAGCUAUAAAUGUCUGUCAAUGAUGUCAUUGACAAGCUUUUAUAAGAAUAUAUUCAGGAUCCUGCAAGUAUCAGCAGUUUGAAGGUUAUAAUACAUAUGUAUGUGUGUAUAUAUAUAUAUAUAUGUAUAUAUAUAUGUCUUUUCUAUCUUCAUCCUUCUCUCCCCACCUCCUAUAUCCAGAGUAUGAUAAUCAUUAUACCUUUGAGAGACACUAUGCAGAACAACUUUAUUUUUUUUAUAAUAAAGUGUUAUAACCUUAGCUGCAUUGUGAUAUAACAUGACAAGCAAUGAUAACUAACUUGGAAAUAGAACCCCUUCCCCUCCCCCCCAAAAAAGAAAUUAAUUAGUACUUACCUUAUAUAUCUUUUGUAUUCACUUACCUGUUCUAUAUAUUUCUCUCUAGUAGAAUGUAAGCUUCUUGACAGCAGGGAUUUUUUUUUGCUUUAUUUUAUGUUCUCCUAUUCCUUUCACAGUGCCUGGUAUAUAUUAAAUGCUUCAUACAUGCUUGUUGAAUUUAAUUGAUUAUGAAAACUCUGUUUCCAAUACAACUGCUGAAUCAUCAAACACUUGUAUCAGUUUUUUUCCCCCUUAAAGCCAGCAUUUGAUUGCCUAAGUGCUUUGAAAAUAGUUUCAGCAAGGCUUUUGAAGAUAUUCUGCAUUUAGUAACAAAUAGUAAAGAUACUAUAUAUCUCAUACUAAAUAUUGUUUUACUUUGUUAAAGCCAAUAAAAACUUUAUAUUGAAAAAAAUAA